UUCUUCUUCUUCUUCUACUGCUGCUGCUGCUGCUUCUACUUCUUCUUCUUCUUCUUCUUCUUCUUCUUCUUCUUCUUCUUCACCUCGGCAGCACGUCAGCCUGUGUAUGCAGCGCGUGGCGCUUGAGGGCGGAGCUGUGGCUGAACGCACCCGGGGACAGGAAGUAUCCUAUUAUGGAAUGGUGGCGCUCACAUACACUUCCGGUCGGGUGUGAGCUUGACGCUAAGUCUCUAUCAGGAAUCAAACAGCUAAUCUGUUUUUCCUUUUCGUUCCUCUCUUCCAAACGUGUUUUCAGAAAGAUGUCCAAGUCUUUGAAGAAGAUAGUGGAGGAGAGUCGGGAAAAGAACCUCCCGGAGGUGGAGAUGUGCGACAGGGGCAUUUCCAACAUGCUGGAUAUCCCAGGACUAUUCACUCUGUCUAACAUCACUCAGCUGGUCCUCAGCCACAACAAGCUCUCAGCGGUGCCUGCUAACAUCUCUGAGCUGAAGAACCUGGAGGUUCUAAACAUGUUCAACAACCAGAUUGAAGAGCUGCCUACUCAGAUCAGCGGCCUUCAGAAGCUGAAACACCUCAACCUCGGUAUGAACCGACUGAGUAGCUUGCCCCGUGGAUUUGGUUCGUUGCCAGCACUGGAAGUGUUGGACCUCACCUACAACAACCUGAACCAGAACUCCCUGCCUGGAAACUUUUUCUACCUCACCACUCUGCGUGCUCUCUAUCUGAGUGACAACGACUUCGAAGUCCUGCCCGCUGACAUCGGGAAGCUGACCAAGCUGCAGAUACUGAGUCUCAGAGAUAAUGAUCUGAUCUCGUUGCCUAAGGAGAUUGGGGAGUUGGCUCAACUCAAAGAGCUUCACAUCCAGGGCAACAGACUGACCGUCCUGCCCCCUGAACUUGGUAAUCUGGAUCUGACUGGUCCUAAGCAGGUGUUUAAAGCAGAGAACAAUCCCUGGGUCACUCCCAUUGCAGACCAGUUCCAGCUGGGCGUCUCCCAUGUUUUUGAAUAUGUUCGCUCUGAGACCUAUAAGUAUCUCUAUGGCAGACACAUGCAGGCCAACCCAGAACCUCCGAAGAAGAGCAAUGAUAAGAGCAAGAAGAUCAGCCGCAAACCACUGGCCGCCAAGAACAAGUGAAGAGACGAGCGAGGACGGAGACGAAUGCUUGCUCAGCCAGCCCCACUCACUGCAUGUGCCUUUUUCCUUCCAUCUUUUUUGUUUCUAAAAAAUGUAUAACAUGGAAAUGUAUACAUUAUGUUUCUAAAUAUGUAGUGUUAAACAUUGUAUGGCUUUUAUUCCACUGUGCCUGAGUCCAGAUGGAUGUUUGUUUGUUUUUUCAACUCUUCUUAUCUGUUUGAGUCUUGGUGCUACUUACUUACAGAGCUUGGACAUAGAGGUGACUGUUGGUAACACCUAAUAACAUAACCACUAGAUUAGCGGUCAUUUAGCAGCAAAGUUCAGUAUUUAUUAUAAUGUCAUCCUUAGAGAACAAAAAGACAGUCGCUUUACAUGCUCGUGGCCCUGUAACUUCAAAUUUUGAGGACAUCAGUAUGAAGAAGUCCUGCAAGGCGACACUGUUAAACUGCUAUGAUACCAAAGGCAAACAGCUGUCUCUGGAAAGAACUCUUGCUCACAGAUGUUUAGGAGACAACUUUAAAAGAGUUAAGAUGGACAGCGUCUUCACUGCUCUGUUGCUGCGCCACUUUGCCAUUUAAUGAUAAUCCAGCCUCUGAAAGUAUUCCACCCCCUAAUGACCAAUCCCGGAUGUCCACUCGAUGCAGCUGUGUCACAUUCCGCCCCUCAGCUCCGACACAUCUUCGUCUCAUCUUUCUAAUAUAGUUUAGAGUAAUAUGGAGAUAUUUUUUAUGCUUCACAAGCAUAUUGAAAACACACUUGCAGCUCAUCUAGAUGUGGUAUCAGAUACUUUGUAUGUAAAGAAAGCACAGCUGAGAAAAGAGCUGGAAGUGAGAUAUUCCGGUCACACGCCCAGUGGACUUCAGCACACCAGCUAGAAUGGCAGCGUAUUGUCUCCAGCAGGCGCAACUGAGCGACUAUUUCAAAUCUAAUUACUACUAUUAUCACCAAGAGUGAGAAAGCCGGCUCAGUGACGCCUGCCGUUAAGCGUGUUCGCUCCUCUGAGACUCACUUCUGUUGUUCUUGUGUUUGAACCUCGCUGUAACUUCACUUCCACAUUCUCUUUAAGUUAUUUGUCAAAGCUUUACCAGGAGUCCAUCACAUUUCAGCCUGUUGCAAAAAUGAAUGAAUACAUUUUUUUUAAAUCAUCAUGCUUUUAUUACAGGCUCUCUAUAUUGAACAUUUCAAAUAAAACAUCAUCAUCAUUUUGAA